GUAGAGAAGAGUCGUAGGCUACGUAAUACACGAAAUCUGUAAUUACAGCUGUUUUUGAUUCGAGUCCAUCGAUGGCCAACUUAGGAAACAAAUUCAUGGAAAUAGAUAUGUAGCCAGCCAGAUUGAACAUACUAUGGGAGUGAUAGCUGGCAUAUCAACCAUUAAUCAAGGACAGUUAUCAGCAGCUGAAGAUGCACCACCAAUUGCACAGGACUUGUGGAAGAGAAUUACCAAAUGUGGAAAUCAGUAUAAGUUAAGAGAAAUUGUGCCUGGUUGUUAUAUUACAUUAAAGUCUACAUUCACUCUUCCUGCAGAAUUUCGUGAGACAGUGAAUGCAUUCUUUUCUAGCAGAAAUAUUCCUGACAUACAAGCUGAUGAGAAGGUGGCUGUCCACAAGAUAUUCAUUAAUGACCAUAUGGUGUACGGAAGGCUGUACAAACGAGUUAAGAAAAGAAUGUAAUCUGCUGUACAAUUUGAGAUUAACCAGGAAAAGAGAUUUGGCCUGGUUCAAGUGUGUGCAAUACAUGCAGGAAUUCCUGUUGCAGUUGUUACACCGUUGGAUUCUUCGAUAGAUCAGCUGAGUGAAGAAUGUGAUUUUGGCUGUCUGGAGGGUUACAGGGUUCAGUCAAUCAUCAGGCACUUCACUAGAAUCAAACCACCUGACGGCAUUCUCCUGACAAUACCAGCUUCCAGCAUCGUUGAAAAAGUUGUGUUUAUGAGAGUGCCUGAUUUUUCUGGAGACAAUUUCUACAUUUCAGAAUUUCCCAAUUUUAUUGAGUGUGAUUAGAAGUGCUUUAAUUGCUAUAUUACAUAUUUAUGUAUUUGGUGGUCAAUACGUCUAUCCUAAAAUUUUAGCUGCUUCGUUGGUAUCACUUUCAACAGUGUGAUUUUUUUAUGUCACGUGUUGCACUAUAUCACUUCCCGGAUGUAAUCUAGGACGUGUACGUUUGGUAAGUCCAGCGGUCAGAAUGAGCUGGCGGUAGACAAGUAUUGUAUGGAGUACAUAGGCCAGGCCACAGCGGAUGCAUUAUCUAAAAGUUACCAAUGCGCUACUAGAGAGUGAGAAUUGUCCAAGUUCCCAAGUUUCACUUAAAUUUCACUGUGAAUUUAGACCGAAUACCAAGUGAAUUCAUAGAGCAGU